AUGACUUUGCAACAACAGACUAUUGUUGCUGAGAGAAAGACUGUCACCGUAGAGAAAAUUUUGGCAGUAAAAAUUAGCCACUCAAAAAAGUUAUAUUCAGAAGCAGCGAAAAUUGCGAAUACUAGAGAAAAUGAACCUCUCAAUGCAGAGGAGAGCAGUAGUAGUUCAUCCUCUCCUGAUACCGAACCUGAAUCAAACCCGAAUAUCGCUGCGAAAGCGGAGUUGAUCGAGGGAGAUAUACGGGGUGAUUCGGCUGCUCAUAAUCGGAUAGCGGUGUUUGAAACGACUGAUCUUCACUCUGCACCUUCAGGUUUUGUUGACACGGGCGGUGGGGAUUAUCCUCCGAUUCAAAGCUUUGAAGAUGCGAAAUGUAUUUGUUUGCUGGAAACGUCGAAAUUAUGGGCUAUUGCAGCCCCGAUAAUGUUUACAAUCCUGUGUAAUUAUGGAGUUAACUCGACGACGAAUAUUUAUGUUGGUCAUAUUGGAGAUAUUGAAUUAUCUGCGGUUGCUAUCUCUCUUUCUGUCAUUGCAAACUUCUCGUUCGGAUUCUUGCUUGGAAUGGGAAGUGCAUUAGAGACAUUAUGUGGACAAGCAUUUGGAGCAGGACAAAUAGAUUUACUCGGAGUAUACAUGCAACGAUCAUGGAUCAUCUUGUUCGUCGCCUGUCUCUGCUUAUUACCGCUCUAUUUAUCCGCUACACCAAUCUUAAAACUUCUAGGACAAGAAAACGAUAUAGCAGAACUAGCCGGUCGGUUCACAAUUCGAGUAAUUCCACAUAUGUUUUCGUUAGCAGUCAAUUUUCCGACUCAGAAAUUCUUACAAGCACAGAGCAAGGUCGGAGCAUUGGCCUGGAUCGGAUUCGGAGCUUUAACAGUACAUGUCGGAAUGCUUUAUUUGUUUCUGGGUGUAUUCAAAUGGGGUUUGGACGGUGCAGCAGCGGCGUAUGACGUGUCCGGUUGGGGUACUGCUUUGGCUCAGCUGGCUUAUGUGGUUGGUUGGUGCAAGGAUGGUUGGACCGGGUUGUCGUGGUUAGCUUUUAGGGAUUUAUGGGAGUUUACUAAACUUUCUAUUGCUUCAGCUGUGAUGAUUUGUUUGGAGAUUUGGUAUUUUAUGACUAUAAUUGUUCUUACUGGUCAUCUUGAAGAUCCUAUAAUUGCUGUUGGCUCUCUCUCUAUUUGCAUGAACAUAAAUGGCUGGGAAGGCAUGUUAUUUAUCGGACUUAAUGCUGCUAUAAGCGUUCGAGUUGCGAACGAGCUUGGAUCGUCGCAUCCGAGAGCAGCAAAGUACUCGGUCAUAAUAACGUGCGUUCAAUCUCUGUGUAUAGGGAUCACGUUCGCAUGCAUUAUUAUGAUAACCAGGAAUGAAUUUUCCAUUAUUUUUACUGAUAGCUUAGUUAUGAGAACAGCGGUUUCUAAAUUGGCAUAUCUUCUUGGUAUUACAAUGAUUCUUAAUAGUAUUCAACCAAUUAUAUCAGGUGUUGCAGUAGGAGGAGGAUGGCAAGCUUCGGUAGCUUACAUAAACCUGUUUUGUUAUUAUGCAGUUGGCCUUCCUCUUGGCUUUCUUCUUGGUUACAAAACACGUUUACAUGUUCAGGGAAUUUGGAUGGGCAUGAUUAUUGGAACUUUUUUGCAGACACUAAUUCUCAUUUACAUUAUUUUUAGAACUAAUUGGAACAAAGAAGUCAAAGAAGCCUCAGAAAGGAUGAAAAAGUGGGGCGCAUAUGAAGAGCCCUCUGCCUCCUAUUAGUGCAAAGUAAAUUCCAGCCAGUAUUUCUUUUCUUAUAGUAUAAGUUAGUUUACUGUAAAUUAUUUUUAAAAAAAUAGGAUUUGAUUGAUAUAUAAUUAACUCAGUGUAAAAAACCUUCAUACAUGCAAAUUAUUUAAGUGUAA